AUGACCUUGACCUGUCUGGAGGCGCAACUCCUACUUGUGGUGAAAGGCGCCAAGGAGUACUUCUUCAUGUCGACAAUCUUAGCUUUAGUGAAGGCAAGAUUGUGGCCGGCACAGGCGACUGUUUACAAGCAGGAGGUUGUGGACCGAGUAAUCUUUUUCGCUCAAACACUUUUCACGCGACAUGCCAACUGCGAUCAUCUGGGCGAAUUGGGCAUGGGAGGUUUCAAAACCAGCCAGGUCCCAGUUUUGAACCCGAGCUCUGGGAUGGCACAGCCUUUCGUUCCUAAUAUGACCAUGCUACCACCAACAAAUUUUGGCAUCACGGUAAGAUUAAUAGUCAUCACUUGA